AUGGGUCCAGAUGAGACCGAGGUAGCCGAGGACCUAGGAGUCCAGAUGGAACGCUCCGUCGACCUCAUCUGCACGCAGGAUGAAGAGAUGGGACCGGAGUCGAUCACCGCGCACUCUCGUGGACCGUCCACGACACUCCCCCUUGGGAUAUCCACCACGCAAGAUGAGCCCAGUCCCCCGCGCAACUCCACGGGCAAAGCAAUGGAGUGGGAGUCGGAGCCCAGCGACGACGAGGAGAACACCGAGCAGCGCUUUCGCCGGAAGGAGCCUACACCCGCACCCACAUUUAGCGGACGGGGACUAGACGCGGAGAUAAUCGCCCACGACUCGCACCCCCCACCAACACCAACAUCCAUCCCAUCGGAUACUUCGAUGGGUGAAAAGUACAGCAAAAAGCAAAAGAAUUUCGGUGAAGACUCAGGUGACGAACAAGACCAGGAGAUCCCUAUUGCAGGUGCUGCGAAACCCAAAUUGGUUGCAGACAUUUUGAAGGGGUAUCCACGGGGAAGGUUUCUCCUCGAGCAAUAUAACCUAAAAAACACCUUAACGACGGAUCAAAGAGACCAGAUAAUUAAUAUCAUUAUAGAGGACAUCACAGCUAGGAAGCAGACGCUUAAAACUACAGAUUUUGCUGAUAUUGUGGACCAAAUCGUGGCGGUAUUUCCCUCGGAGAAGAACUGGAGAGACGUUUACUACAGGCCCCGAAACCUCAUACAGAAGCAUCCUGCAGGAAAACUGUACUGGAAGUACGCAAAUCUAAGGUCAAAGCUUUUGAAGCGCGGUCGAUCCGGUCCAUUACAGGAAUCCGAUCCUGUGUCCCAAACAAGUGGUUUUGCUGACAUAACAAGCUUUGCUUUGAAAGCAGAGUUAAAGCGGGAAAUUUCUGAUUGGCUCUCUGUGUGUCAGAAAUGGAGGGAAUCUCAUGCCGAACGCAAAAAAGACAUCGAAUUGCUUGAUGGUCCACAAUUUCUAAAGGAGUGGCCAAAAUACGGUGAUUGCCAUGCUCCAGACUUGGUAACUUGUUUUAAUUUCUAUUCCGUACAUUUGUAUACCAUUUUGUGAUCCAAAUCUCCUAUUAGUUUAUGUAUUUAAAUCCUUAUAUAUAAAACAACCUACUCGAAACAUAUUAUAAAACUACUUAA